GAGCUGAGAGACCGACGCGAGGUUUUCAUGAGAGAGAAAUGGUAUUUUCGAAUCGCUUUGCUCACUCGUCGGAGAAGCUAGGGUUAGCUCGUUGCUAGAGAGUUCGAUUUCCGAAAUGGCGAGCGGGAGAGGGAGAGCGGAAGAGCGCGGUGGUGACGACGGCGGCGACGGGAGCGAUGAGGAAGAUCUGAAGUGGCGCCGCGUCAGGCGGAGGACGGAAUCGAGUGACGACGACGACGACGGUGAGGUCCGUGAAGAUAAUGACGAUCCGAGCGUGAGUUCCGCGGGUGCUGAGUUCGGCGACGAUUCGGACGGUCUGGGAGCAGCGCCGGAGCCGGAGGAUGAGGCAUCGCCGUACUGCUUCGACGAGCUUGACGUUGGAGACGGAGAAGACGAAGACGAAGGAGAAGGAGCGAAUCGGACUGUAGAGUUUGCAGCAAUGGCCGCGGAGAGACAGAUGAGCAGUGAAGGAGAGGAGGACAAGGAGCAGAGCGAGAGAGAUCAGAAGGAGAGAGAAGCCGUUGCAGUUCCUAGGAGUGGCGCGUUCUUUAUGCACGACGAUCGAACUAGUCGUCGAGGUCGAGGCCGGCAAAACUAUGGGUUCAGAAGAUUGAUUGAACUCCACGACGAAGGAAAAUGGCAGCAUGAUAAGUUCGAACAAAUACAGGAAUGUGAUGACAAGAAGAAACCAUCAAGAAUUGUGAGAGGGAGAGGGCCCAUAAAGUAUCCGUUGGCCAGACGCUACAGUAGAUAUCCACCGAAGGAGAAUGGGAAAGCUUGGAUGUCUCGGGAAACAAGAUCAAAUUCAGGGAGGGCGUUAGCAGAGGCUUCAAGUCAAGUUGGUUCAUCUGCAUUGAAGAAGGAAGUGUCUGCAUCUUAUGUGAAUUGUGCAGCACGCAUGGAUAAUCCUACAAUAUCUACUUUCAGUCAUGCCAUCUCCUCGUUAACUAAAAGAGAUGUGCAGAAAAGAAAUACUGAAGGAGACUCGCCGAAAUCUGUCCUGUCAAAGACUGAUCCAUCCAUGGAAACUGCCUUUGCAUCUCGACUUGUGAGGGGUUUGGGUGAUUCUACUGGGAGGGACCAGCGUCCUAGCAAUGAGUUGAUCAGGGAAAAUAAUCUUGAAUCCGUUCAGUGGCAGGGUCAGGGAACUGGUUUGCCAUUUUCACCGCAGCAUACCUAUCAGCAUCCUGCUACUAGCCCAAAUGGAGGUGCUCUGAUGAUAAACAACCAUGUUCUGCCACAAACAUCAUUCAACAACUCAUUUCCACCAUACUUCGGAGGUUGUAGUCCGGAGUAUACACUUUUUGGAUCACCAUCUAGAGCUCUUCUACCGAGUGCAUCAGAAAUUGGGACAUUGUUGGUAUCUGCUGGAUUAAACACCGAGUUGAUCCAUCCAGCUGCUGACCGUCAACUAGCUUUUCUGCCUCUGCAGCCAGUAAUGACCUGGGCAAAUAGUCCUCAAUCUCUUCAAUGGAAUUUGUCUCCUUCAUCACAGCAUGUUUAUCAGUAUACGGGUUCUAACCAAAAUGGAGGUGCUCUGAUGAUGAACAACCUUGUUAUACCACAAACACCUUUCGGCAACUCAUUUCAACCCCAGUUCCAUGGUUAUGGUCAGCAUUUGUAUUCUCCUUCUGGAUCAUCUAGUGUAUUCGAUAACUCAGAAAUGGCAAUGGCUUGGAGAGUAAGUGCUGCAGAUGGAAGCUAUGGAAGAACUUAUUCUGGACUUGAUACUCAUACCAAUCAGAACUUUACAACCACUGAGAAUCUCAUCCCUGUAAACCAAGUUACGAGCCAGCAUCAUGGUGAGCUUGGGGAAAUUGGAAUAUCUAACCUACCUGCAUAUUUUGCUGCUGAACAGAAUUUCGGGAGCUCUGCUUCUGGUUUGGCAUGGCCGCAAGUCUGGCCAGCCAAUGCUGGAAGUGUAAGCUCUGCCUAUCCUUCUUCUACCCAUCCCACACCCACAACCAGUGCAAACCGCUGUGCCAAGCCAACAGAACCGGAGUCUUGUCUCACCAUUACUGGGUCCGUGACCACACAAUUUGUAAAUUUUCAUGAGGGUAGCAACCCUGUGGAUGGAUCUGAAAUGCCAAAUACAUCACGUGGAGAAGGAGGCAACAAGCUUCAGAGGCAAGUCAACCAUUAUAGUCUGCUUCAAGUACGGAUUUAUCUAGACCCCUCAAAUCUCUGUACUGCUUCCUCAGGAAACUUGCUGGUGAUCAUCGCAACUCGAAUGGUUCGACAUUGCUUGACUCUUCAUACAACUAGAUUACCGAAGAGGAAAUUCACAUUUUUUGUAGCUAUAGAGAGCGGAAUUUUGUCUUUCGGGCUCGUGCAGAUACCCACACAGACUCUUUUGAAACAUUGGAGGAGAAGAAGGUACAGGUAAAUUGGCUCCCCCUAUUCCCACAAAGGAAUUUUUAGUAGGCUUCGAGCUCUGUUUUUUCCCCACAGAAAGCAGGGGAAGAGAAGCAGUACACAACUAUACAUCCAUGGGGAAGCUGAUGGGAUUUGGGAAGGUGUUCGACCGACUCUGCCUGUCUCCAUCGCCGCCCAAUUCGAAUUCAUGCUUCUGCGCGAACUCCCUGGAAGCUCAUGACGAUGGUGAUGAUUACGGGGAAGUGUUUGAGCAGAAGGAGCCAUUGAUGAUGAUGGGGAGUACUAUUGAGAAGAGCAACAGAGUGGUGAGGCUCAAAGAUGUCGUCUCUGUUAACCCGAAUCAGACUCUGGCAUUUCAAAUCAAGCCCAAGAUGGUGGUUCUGAGGGUAUCUAUGCAUUGUGGUGGCUGCGCCAAGAAGGUUGAGAAGCAAGUUUCCAGGAUCGAGGGAGUGAGCUCAUACAGAGUGGACCUGGAGAGCAAGAGAGUGGUGGUGAUUGGAGACAUACUUCCUUCUGAAGUCUUGGCUACUGUCUCCAAGGUCAAGAAUGCUCAGCUUUGGAUUUAAUCUCCUCUUAAUCAUUCAUUAAUUAAUCUCCCCCGCCAUUCCCAUUUUGUUGUAAAUGUAUCCAGAAUCCCCAUUAUGUAAAAUUCAUCAAUUCUCUCGAUUGAAUGGAUUUUAUGAUAAUAAUCACGACUUUAUUGGAGAAUCGUUGUUAUGAACUCUUAACUGUCUAAUCUAAUACAACAGUAGUUUUCUAUCUCGUUUUGUAACGGAACCCCAUGCAUGUACAUAGUAUUCGGGUUUUCUACUAGGUUUGUCUGGCAUCUGCCACUUAAUUAACUUAUCG